CCCUCCUCCUCCCUGACCUCUCUCUCCUGUUGGGCGAAUAACUCGCCUUACCUCCACUUAUCUCCCUCUCUUUAGUCGCAGACCCUGAGGACCUGCGCGCUCGGCGUCACACACGCUACAUCACCCCGCCAUAGUCGCAGGGGCUCACAUACCCUCUCGCAGCCAUGUUUACAGCGCGCAGAAAGAUUCAGAAGGAGAAGGGCCAGGAGCCCGAUGAGUUCGAAGAAACCGUCGCUCAGGCCCUCUUCGAUUUGGAGGCGACCAAUCAGGAGCUGAAGAGCGACCUGCGCGAUCUCUUCAUCAACAGCGCCAAGGAGAUCGACGUGUCGAGCAGCCGCAAGGCCAUCAUCGUGCACGUGCCGUUCCGCCUGCGGAAGGCGUUCCAGAAGAUCCACGCGCGCCUCGUGCGGGAGCUCGAGAAGAAGUUCAGCGGCAAGGAUGUAGUGCUGGUGGCCACCCGUCGCAUCCUCCCCAAGCCCAGGAAGGGGUCCAAGGCGGUGCGGCCGCGCACGCGCACGCUGACGGCGGUGCACGAGGCGAUCCUGGAGGACCUCGUCUUCCCCACCGAGAUCGUCGGCAAGCGCGUGCGCUUCCGGUUGGACGGCUCCCGCAUCAUGAAGGUGUACCUGGACCCCAAGGAGCGCAACAGCACGGAGUACAAGGUGGAGACGUUCUCAGCUGCCUACAAGAAGCUCACCGGCAAGGACGUUGUCUUCGAGUUCCCCAUCACCGAGGCCGCUGCCUAAGCGCUGCCUAAGUGCCCAUGGCUGCUGUCGACAGUGAUAUCAAGUGCCAGCUCACUCUUCCCUCACCUCCCAGCGGUGGCAAGCAGCAAGAAGUGAAAUUGCGCAUUACUAGGCCUUCUGAAUGCCGCUGCCGUCUUUUGGAAGCAUGUAAUGGUGCUGCUGAUUGGUUCAGUUCUUGAAAAGUGUUAUAAUGAAGCUUAUAUCUCUAAAGGCGCAAUGUACAUUUCAGAUCGGUUUUAUUUCCGCGUGAAGCUGAUUUGUUACAAUUCUGGAAUACUCCAUGCCAGAUCACCGUCAAUUCUCGGUUCUGCGGGUUCCUUUUUCACCAUACUCGAUACAGUACGAAGUACUAGUGACGUGACACCCCCCGAAGAGGAAAAUGCUGUGCUGUAAGCCUGGAACCAUUUCACUGAGUCGAGAAUUCACUUUUGUUUACGUUCUUCUCUUCCUCCCCACCCACCAUGUCCGCGCCAUCACCAAAGCGGACCUCGGAUCAAGACGGCUCGGGGCGACGUGACGCGCGGCUCCUAGACUCCCGUGUGCUUCCGCAAUGCCUGGAUGCGGUGGAGUUCUGCCCGGCUCGCGAUUUCCCCGCCACCUUUGCAGUCGCAUCAUACCAACUCGUAGAGACGCAGCGCUCUGACGGUGCUGACGUAACUGACGCCAGUACUGCGAGCGGUGCUGACGUAGCUUCCGCUGUCACUGCUGCCGGCUCUUCCACAACUGACACCGAGACGGUAGACGACCAUCGUCAGUCGCGUCUCGGCGGAGUGCAUCUCUUCCGCAUUGACGUGACCGGUGCUGACGUGUCAGACGAUGACGGACGGCUCCCUGACGGAAAGGAGCCGCCGUGUCGAUCGGCGGGACGCAUGGUUCACUUGCAGUCCGUCAGCGGAUGCGGGAUUCUGGACAUCAAGUGGCGAAGGGAGGGGUAUCAUGGGGUCAGGCGAGGAGGGGACGAGGGGGAUGGGCUGUCAGGCACAGAUUUGAGCGAAAGGAGAGAGAAGAGAGUUCAGCCAAUUUUGCUGGCAGCAGCAACGGCUGAUGGAACUGCAGAUCUGUAUGAGAUGAAGCGAGGACAGAUGGCAGAUGAGUUGCGUGAGCCUGCACCUGCAUCACCAAGCCUGUCCCUGAGCACCCGCAUUCCGUUCCCUCUCUUGGAUUCUGCCGAGCCUGAUGCCAAACCUCCCAUGUGCCUUGCCCUGGAUUGGUGGACGGCUGGGGAAGCUGAGGGGGGAGGAGCGAGCCAAGAGGAGGCGGUGGGGAAGGCAGGGGAGACAGAGGGGGAGGGGGCGGAUGGAGAGGACAUGGGAGAGAGAAGGAGAGAAUGGGGUGUGAGGGAUCGGAGGGAUCGGAUUGCUGUGAGCCGGUCGGAUGGAUCGGUGGCAGUAGCACGGCAGGGAGAGGAUGGUGCAUGGGUGGGGGAACUCGCAUGGCCAGCACACGAGUAUGAAGCAUGGACCUGCUGCUUCAACAUCUGGCAACCUGAGGUCCUUUACUCAGGCGGCGACGAUUGUGCAAUGUGUGCCUGGGACCUUCGCACCCACAUCCCCUCAUCCCCCUCCUCAUCUCCGCUCUCCCCAUCCUCCUCACGGCCUGCAUGGCGCAACAUCAAGGCACACCGAGCGGGGGUAACCACUCUCCGCUGCUCCCCACAUUCUCCGCAUCUCCUAGCGUCUGGGAGUUAUGACGAGGUGGUGAGGUUCUGGGAUGUCCGCAUGCCAUCAAUGCCCAUAGCUGUGUGCCAGGUCCCGACGGGGGGUGGAGUGUGGAGGCUCAAGUGGCAUCCGGAGAAGGCUCACAUCGUUCUGGCUGCUUGUAUGCAUGGAGGAGCCACCAUACUCUCCCUUUCCCAGGACCGUGCUGGUGCUGUGGAUGUCCCUACUUCGCCUGCAAAGGAUGGUAUGAGGCAAGUGUUGCAGGAGGCUGGGAGUGAAUCAUUUGAGGGUUUACGUGGAGAAGUGGUGGAGCAAUAUGAGCAGCACAAAUCCAUGGUCUAUGGCAUAGACUGGGGUCGGUGCAACGAGCUGCAAUGCUCAGCAAAUGAAGAAGAUGAUGAAGCAUGGAUAGUUGGUACUUGCUCUUUCUACGACAAAUUGCUGCAUGUCUGGAAGCCUCAUGUGUUGUAGUUACAUUUGUUAGCUCGGCUUUGUAAUGGUAGUACUGAACAGUGUGUGAGAUAGGUUCUAUGAAAGAGGCAUGUCAGGGGGAUUAAUU